CCCCCCCCCCCCCCCCCCGGGCCGGCGCGGCAGGGGAGGCGGAGGAUGGAAACACUCUUCUAAGGCAUGAGGCGCUGAGCGGCCUGGGAGGCGGCGCCAGUGUCAGCGGCGGCAGCUUCGGGUCUCCGGGCCGCCUGUUCCCGGGGGCGCCCCCGACGGCGGCGGCCGGCAGCAUGAUGAAGAAGGACGCGCUGACGCUGAGCCUGAGCGAGCAGGUGGCGGCGGCACUCAAGCCCACGGCCGCGCAGCCUCCGACCCCCCUGCGCGCCGACGGCGCCCCCGACCCCCCGACGGCCUCGCCCGACCUGGGGCUGCUGAGGCUCGCCUUCCCGGAGCUCGAGCGUCUCAUCAUCCAGUCCAACGGGCUGGUCACCACCAAGCCGACGAGCACGCAGUUCCUCUACCCCAAGGUGGCGGCCAGCGAGGAGCAGGAGUUCGCCGAAGGCUUCGUCAAGGCCCUGGAGGAUUUGCACAAGCAGAACCAGCUCUGCCGGGGCUCGGCGCCGCCGCCGCCGCCCCCGGGCGCAUUGGGGCCGCCGCGCCUGGCUGCGCUCAAGGACGAGCCACAGACGGUGCCCGACGUGCCGAGCUUCGGCGAGAUCCCGCCGCUGUCGCCCAUCGACAUGGACACGCAGGAGCGCAUCAAGGCGGAGCACAAGCGGCUGCGCAACCGCAUCGCCGCCUCCAAGUGCCGCAAGCGCAUGCUGGAGCGCAUCUCGCGCCUGGAGGAGAAAGUGAAGACCCUCAAGAGCCAGAACACGGAGCUGGCGUCCACGGCGAGCCUGCUGCGAAAGCAGGUGGCGCAGCUCAAGCAGAAAGUCCUCAGCCAUGUCAACAGCGGCUGCCAGCUGCUGCCCCAGCACCAGGUGUCCGUACUGAGUCCGCGCGCGGGGCGCAUGCGCGGCCACCUUCCCCCAGGGGCGGGCUCGCGGGGGUGGGGUGUCAUUGGCGUCCCGGACUUGGAGAGGGUGCGGCCCUGGGGACACCCCCCUUUCCCCGAGUGUACCCAGGAACUGAGAGAGAGUGCAGCCCCCCGGGAUCCCCCCGAGGGUGCCCCGGACUCGGAAGGGGCGCCCCGGACUCGACAAGCUGGACCCCCCCUGCUCUCGGGGGGGGGGGGGCGAGCGCAUGACCCCCCGCCCUCGCGCUGCCUCUGUCCUUCGCGCGGCCGCCCUGUGUUGCACAAACCCGCGCGUCUCGGCUGCCCCUUUGUACACGGCGCCGCGGAAGGGGCUCCGAGGGGGCGCAGCCUCAAACCCUGCCUUUCUUUUUCUUUAACUUCUUUUUUCCUUUGGAAGAGAGAACAGUGUUCGAUUCUGCCCUAUUUAUGUUUCUACUCGGGAACAAACGUUGAUUGUGUGUGUGUGUUUUCUUGUGUUGGGUUUUUUUUAAAGAAAUGGGAAGAAGAAAAAAAAUUCUCCGCCCCUUUCCUCGGUCUCGCUCCCCCUUCCCUUCUUUCGACCGGCUCCCCUCCUCCCUUUUUGUUCUGUUUGUUUUUUGUUUUGUUUUGCUACGAGUCCACAUUCCUGUUUGUAAUCCUUGGUUCGCCCGCCCGGUUUUCUGUUUUCAGUAAAGUCUCGUUACGCCAAAAAAUAAAUAAAUAAAUAAAUAAUAAAUUAAAAAUAAAAAUAUAUACUAAGAGCUAUAUGAACUGAUACAAAG